AUGUUCAGCUCACGAGCCUACAACAAUACCCCACAAGCUUCAAUUGCGCUGGCUUUGCUGCUCGCAGUAGCAACAAGUUACCUCUUCCGCCGAGAGGAUGAACUUUUGUCGGAGAUUUUCUGUUGGGCAUGUCUACCAAUGAUAUUUGGAGCCAAUACCUUUAUGGAACAAGCCCGUGCAGAUCUACCCAUCAGGCGUGAGACUCGGCAUGCUCAUUCCUCACCGUUGUCACUGUGGGCUGUUGCGGGUUGUCUUUCCAUCGUAUCCGGAUGUCGAGCUGAGGCAGAUAGUUUCAAGCUCUUACCUGUUUUAACCCCCUUGCUUCUUUUGGCAGAGGGAGGCCUGAAACCCAACACCCAGGGGCACGAUACGACGGGCACUUCAAAGCUCGCCCCCCUGUCCAGUAAGCUCUGGAUAGCAGCAUUCAUUGCUGCUCUUUUGACCUUGGUUCUGAUUGACCGGAAUUACUCUGGACUUGUGCCUUCUGGUAUUGCUACUGGCGCCUCUUUCAUCGCCUACGUUUCGUUUCAUCCAAGAGCAAAGAGUGGUCGCUUCUUACCUCACCGGACUCCCUUCGAAAAGUAUGUUUACUCUCUUGCACCAAGAGUGACUGGACUCCUUUUAGCUGGUAGUCUUACCAGAGUAUCGAUCUUUGGCUUUCCACGAUCUAGUCCCUUAUACGCGUUGUUCCUGGGGCUGAUGAAAGCACUUUCCUGGCGAUUUGCUUCCCGAGCUGCUCAUCACACAUCAUGGACUCUUCCGACUAUGAUGACCAUAUUUGGUCUUCUAGCGACGCGCAACCCGUUCGAUUUCACAUUUGAGAGUCAAGCUUUGUUAAAUGCUGCUUGUUCUUUGCUUUGCCUUGGCCAGAUUGUUGGUUUCAUCCCGAGACAGCCACGGCCAACCCGAUUCUUGUAUGCCUGCGUUAUGCUGCCGAUGAUCCCAUUUCUAGCCAAUAUUAUGGCCAUUUAUCACGCGCGAAACGAUGCUCCUAUCUUCACUCCGGAGACACCACAUCCAGUAAUGGCCCUGUUCAACAAAGCAAAGAAAGAGUUCCAGAACCAAUCUAGCAUGCAAUCCACAACCUUCGAAGCCGCGUGGCAUAACUAUCAGACCAAAUACGGUAUGGAGCCGCCACCAGGCUUUAAGGAAUGGUACGACGCUGCACGCUCCAAUGAUUCACCAUUGAUCGAUGAAUUCGACUUAAUGUAUCAGACAAUAUCGCCGUUCUGGAGGCUAAGCGGGAGUCAGGUUCGUGAUGCUAUGCUCCAAGCAAAAAGCCUUCCUGGAAGCGAUUUGUGGCUUUGCACGUUCUCAAGCACAUCGUCGACAACUAAAUGCAGUCACUCCCAUCGUACCUUUGACAGGCAUAUUUCUCGAAUAUUCAACAACAUCUUGGCCAAUUUCACUAGGCUUCCUGAUGUGACGUUUAUUGUCAACCACAUCGAUGAACCUCGUGUUCUCUAUAAGCCUUCCUCCGAAGCAUCUUCCUCCCACGAUCGAAGAAUAACUGUUGAAGAUCGCAGCCGACAACCUACAUGGAAUAUAUUGACCAAGAACUGUGGUCUUGAAAGGAGAGAAACAGAUGACCGACAUGACAUCAAUUCCUUUGGCCUACCAUUCGUGACCAACAUCUCCUCAGCUCAAGACCUCUGUCAACACCCAGAAUACAGCGCCUCACAUGGUUUCAUGAUGAGCCCUGUGUCCUUUCGCCCAAUCCAUGGCCUAGUUCCUAUCUUCUCAACCGGCAAACUAUCCUCAAUGGGUGACAUUCUCAUUCCGAGCCCAGCGUAUACCGAGCAAGAAUUCAUUUACGACGAGUCAAAAGAUGUUGAUUGGGACCGAAAAAGAGACAGCCUCUACUGGGCAGGCUCAACUACCGGAGGUUUCGCGCUUGAUACCCACUGGCAGCUCUUCCAUCGACAACGAUUUGUCGAACUCACACAGAAUUUGAGAACGAACAAAGGUCAUCACUACCUGCGAACGAAAGGUGGUGUUGUGCAGAAAGUUAAAUCGUCUUUUCUAAAUGGCAGACUGUUUGACGUCGUCUUCACCCGCAUUUUUCAAUGCCAUAGAAAGGCCUGCAGAGACCAAGAUGCCUAUUUCAACACCAAAUCCUGGGUGGAUAAAGAUGAGGCCCUCAAGUCAAAGCUUGCCUUUGAUAUCGACGGGAAUGGUAUCAGCGGUCGUUAUUACAAGCUACUUGCUUCCAAGUCUGUACCGCUAAAGCAGACGUUAUUUCAAGAAUGGCAUGACGAUCGACUCAUACCUUGGCUGCACUAUGUACCUAUUAGUCAAAGUAUGGAAGAGCUGCCGGAGCUUGUUUUUUUCCUCACCUCGACAGCACCUGGAAAAGAGGUCGCGAGGCAAAUAGCAGAGCAAGGUCGGAAAUGGCACACCAGAGCGUUCCGCGAAGUCGAUAUGGGUAUCUAUGUUUACCGGCUGUUGUUGGAAUUAGCAAGGCUUCAGGAUCCUCAACGCGAAGCAAACGUUGCCAAAACAAUGUAUUUGUUGUAAAUAGGAUCGCUUGUGCAUUUUCGAUCAUCCUUUGAAGUCAAGCUAUGGAAUUACUUGCUGGCCAUAAGGUUAAACUUUAAGCUGCCAACACGGGUGAUUGAACAGAGUCGACAAUCGCAAUCAACUUGGC